AUGUUCCACCUUCGUCUCCUGGGAGUCCCUCUUAUUUCCUUCGUCUGGGCUCUCCUUGCCGCCGCGCCGAGGUCGACUCCUCAAGCGGUCACCGCGACUCGAGUUUCGAGGGACCAUGGCCACCAUGUGUCAGUUCACUAUGUGGGACGUAACAGGGAAGGGCGAAGCUCUGGUCCGUCUUCUUGGGGGCUCUCAGACCGAUCUUCGUCACCUCUUCUUGAACCCAUCCCGAAGUCGGUCGAACUGGCCUCUUUCAUUGAGACCAGUGAGUCCCCCUCUAGUGGAGGCAUUUGGGCUGGUCUGAAGAGAUACGUCGAGCUCGGAACUAGUGGCGAGCGGAUCCCAACUAAAGACGAGAGUAAAAUUAAGGAAGAGACAAAUAAAGACACUUCUGGAGGGGACACCGCUUCGCCAGACAGUGACACUCCGGUGGAGGCGCAGCCGUCAGAAGCGACAGAAUCAAAGGCUGUUUCCACACAUGAGCAUCACCCAGGAAAGGAGACAGGAGCGGAUCCGAAAUCUGAAACGUACCAUCGUAUGGCCCAGAAAGAACUACGAGAUGCAAGAACCAGCUUGGUCAAGCAAACAAACGGGACACCUGAGGAGUACGGGGAGACAGGAAGCUUUCCUUCCCUCUGUGGAUCAUGGCAGACCGUGCCGUCUUCGCCGCACUUCCCAUCAAACGCAACUUUCACUCGAUACAGCGAGCAAGAUGCCAGUCUUUUGGAAGAUCAGUCGGACGCAGCAGAUGCGUUACCGUACCCAACAUGCCAGUGGCUACCUCGACGAGGCAUACACAUUUCGGAGAGGCGCACGUACGGGUUCGAACCAAAUGUUGUGAGCAUAGAGCGCCUCGAGUUCCAUUCCGAAGAAGGGUGCCUACCGACCCACCUGGCAAAAAUUUGGCGUUACUCGGGGUAUUGGCACCCAGAGUCUGCGGCAAAAGACUCGAGGACGAAGGCAGAGGAGAUGUCUGUGAAGGGAAAUUUCGUCUACUCUCAAGCUGUACCGCCUGAGUUCAUUAUCCUGCCCCAAGAGAUCCCCGUAAGCCACGAAGUGCUUGCGAACCGACUCAAGCACCGGCUGCGGAGACGACUGAGCGUUCUGCAGCAGAAACAUGGCAAAGCUCCCAACACGCCGCGCGACGAUUCUUUGAAAAGCGAGGCGGAGGAAGCCAUUGCAAGCAACUGGACCGACACCGUUGACCGGCGAUUCGUUACUCGGUGGAGAGACUACCUGGUUCAGCAGAACCGUUGGACCGAAAAAGUUUGCCAGUGGCAUCUGCUCCGAGAAAGCUGUUUGGUCCCGCCUCCUCUGGCAGGUCCCGCUGCCUCUAAAAAGCACACAGCUGGAGGAGAAGGCAAGAAGCAGCAUGAAAGCCACUGCUACAUCCCAUCUGUCCGACACUCUCUAACUCGAGAGGAUAGCAUUGACUACCUCAGUGUUCCUCUAUUUCCCUUCACCAAAGAUGCUGAACACGUGCGGCUGCGGAAAGUAGGAGGUUGUAAUCCCCACUUGCAAGUUAGCUUGCGACGGGACAAGGACACCAAAGCAUUGGCUGAAGAGCAGAAACGGCACUCUGCAGAGGAUGAGUUAGCCUCAGUUGCGGUUACUUCAAAGACAAUUCACCCUCACGACCACGCAUCGGCGCCUGCGGUGAGUGGAGGUGCCGAGGAAGGUACGACACCCGUUCCCAGCGAAACGGAAGAGAAAGGCGUGAGAGCACACGGAUUGGCAGAAAACACUCCACAGUCUGCAUCAGAGACAACGGCUCAGAACGCGCCUGCAGGUCCAACUGGGGAGCAGGAUUUGGUUGAGCCCCGCACUCAAGAGGAACCUAUCAAAGCGGUGACACAACAGGCACCACCGGUGGAGCAAGCGCCCCCCACUGAAGCAUCUGCAGAAGAGACAGGCGACAGCCAGCAACCAGAACAGGUUUCUGCCGCCGCACCGGAGCAAUCUCAACAACCUCCUCAACCUCUCCAAGAACAAGACGCUUCUUCCGCUGUCGAGCAGCCGCCGUCAUUCGAGGGGCAAACAGAGCCGCAGCAGGCACAAAGUUCCGAGGCGGCCCCAGAGGAGGCUGCUGAGAAGGACGCGCACCACGCACCCUUAGCAGAAUCUCCCUCGAGUGAAACGGCAGAUCCACAGACUGCAGAGGCUCCAGCACAAGAAGCAGACUCAACAACGCCUGCCUUCGAUGCUAGUUCGACGGGCGCAGCAACUCCGACAGUAACAGAGGUAUCCGACCAAGAGGGGGAUGGAGGAAACGAGGAAUCGUCUUCGGUGGCAGAAGAGUCUUCGUCUGAAUAA